AUGGGGUGUCAUCAGAUCCUCCUCCGCCUCCUCUGGUUCCUCUUUUUCUUACAUUCCUCCUCCCUUCCCUUUGCCUCGCCGCUUUGCCCUCCUGACCAACACGAUGCCUUGCUUCUCUUCAAGAAUUCCUUCGUGCUCGAUCUCAUGGCGUCGGCCAAUUGUGAUUGGUACGGCCCUGUCGUGUCUUAUCCGAAGACAAACUCAUGGAACAAGAGCGUGGACUGCUGCUCGUGGGACGGCGUCACUUGUGAUGGCGUCACUGGCAACGUCAUCGGUCUUGACCUUGCUUGCAGUCGGCUUCGUGGCCCUCUCCAUUCCAAUAGCUCCCUCUUUCUCCUUCGCCAUCUUCAGAACCUUAACCUUUUCUGUAAUAACUUUACUGGCUCAGGCAUUCCGCCUAAUCUAAGUGCAUUUGCAGAAUUGACUCACCUCAAUCUCUCUCUUUCGAGCUUUGCGGGUGCCGUUCCCCGUGAAAUCGCUCGCCUCUCCAAGCUUGUGUCACUUGAUCUCUCCUACAACGAUGCACACUCAUCCUCUUCUCUCAGUUUGGAAAAUCCGGUCUUCAAAAUGCUUGCUCAGAAUCUGACAGCAUUGAGAAAGCUUGUCCUUGAUGGUGUAGACAUGUCCAUGGUUUCACCAAAGCACUUCGCGAAUUUGUCUUCUUCUCUGACAUAUUUGAGCGCUUCUGGUUGUUCAUUGGGAGGGGUGUUGUUUCCGGAUACUAUUUUUCGAUUACCGAGCCUCAUUCAUCUCGAUUUAAGUUUCAAUGAAGACAUGCCCGGGAUUCUUCCCACUUCCAAUUGGACUGGUCCUCUUGAGCAUUUGUUUCUCGAGUUUACGAACUUUUCGGGAGAAAUACCAGAUUCAAUUGGUAACAUGGAGAGUUUAACAAUUUUAGCUCUUAGCGAUUGCGGAUUCACAGGACACAUCCCCUCGUCAAUGCGGAAUCUCAAGCAACUCCAAGCCCUAGAUCUUUCCGGGAAUAACUUUAGCGGGGUUGUAGAGUUUGAAAACUUUGAAAACUUUAAAUAUCUCCGGGUGCUUGCGGUUUCUCUCGAACUAAAUCUAAUCUAUGAUGCACCGAAGUAUACAUUCCCGAAGCUUGAAGUGUUGUGGUUGCGUUCUUGCAACUUGACCAAGUUUCCCUACUUCUUGAGUUCAUUUAAAAGAUUAAUGUGGUUAGACCUCUCUUCCAAUAGGAUUAGUGGGGAGAUCCCGAGGUGGUUUUGGGGAAUAAGCCAUGAUACAUUGGAAUUGUUAGAUCUUUCUAAUAACCUUCUGGAGGGAGGUGUCCCACAAUUGCACUGGAAGAGAUUGUCAUCUAUUUCCCUUGAAAACAAUGCAUUCCAAGGACCACUCCCGAUGCCUCCAUCUUCAACUUCUACAUUUACAGCCCACAAUAAUAAUUUCACCGGUGAGAUUCCCUCUUUGAUUUGUCAGUUGAAUUCACUCCAGCUUUUAGAUUUUUCCAAUAAUAGUCUCUCUGGGAAUAUUCCAUCAUGCUUAGGUAAUAUAACCAAUCUCGAGAUUCUAGUGUUGAGCAACAAUAAAUUACAAGGACCAUUGCCGCGCUCCCUAGUCAAAUGCGUGAAGUUAUUAUUUCUAGUUCUUGAUCACAACGAGUUCAGUGAUAUCUUCCCACAUUGGCUGGAAGCACCGCAACUACAGAAUCUUGACUUGCAAUCAAACAGGUUUCAUGGUAGGAUCAACCUCACUACCUUGGGACUCUCCUUCACUGCUCUUCAAUAUUUAGUUAUUUCCAACAACAAUUUCAUUGGACGGUUGCCCACAGAACUUUUCUCAAACACCUCAUUAGCUGUCAUAGAUUUGUCCAACAACGAGUUCGGAGGGCCAAUUCCGCUUCCAUCUCCUGUCACAUUUUAUUAUUCCAUUGCAAAUAAUAAACUAACGGGAAAGAUCCCCUCUUUGAUAUGCAAUGCCACAAAGCUCGAGAUCAUUGAUUUGUCCAACAACAACUUAACGGGUAGCUUGCCUCGGUGCUUGACAACUUUUAGCAUCGAUCCGUCGGUUUUGAACUUGAGAAUGAAUUCCCUCCGGGGCACAAUUCCUCAUUCAUUUUCUUCGAGAAGUAGCUUGACGACUCUUGACUUGAGUCGAAAUCUAUUUGAAGGCACAUUGCCUCGGUCCCUUGUCAAAUGUAGAAAUCCGGAAGUUCUGGAUCUCGGCGACAAUCGGAUAGAGGAUACAUUCCCAAGAUGGUUGGGAACACUCCCAAAACUAAAAGUUCUUGUUUUGAAAUCCAACAAUUUGAAGGAUCUUGUGGAUAUUCCCAUGGGAGCUCACCUCUUUCCCAAGUUGCACAUUCUGGACCUCUCCAACAACAACUUUAGUGGUUUGUUGCCAACCAAUUUGAUAACGAACCUUAAAGGCAUGAUGACUGACGAGAAUGGGCAAGACGAAUCACUUUAUAUGACACGAUCUUUCGGAUCGGUGUCAUACGAGAACUCCGUGACCGUGAUGAUGAAAGGGCUAGAGAUUGAGCUAGUGAAGAUCUUGACCUUCCUCACGAUUAUUGACUUGUCGCACAACUCUUUCCAAGGGGAUAUCCCCGAAGUUAUCGGACAUCUUCAUUCUCUCGUAGGGCUCAACCUUUCUCAUAAUCACCUUAUAGGUUUCAUCCCUCCGACUCGCGGGAACUUGAUCGAUCUUGAAUGGCUUGAUCUUUCUUCGAACAAGCUUAGAGGAGCAAUUCCUAGAAAUUUGGGAGAUUUGGCAUCCCUUGGGUACUUAAACCUCUCGAAAAACCAACUCACCGGUCGAAUUCCACAAGAUAAGCAAUUGGGCACAUUUCCAAGCGACUCGUUUAAUGAAAAUCCAGGCUUAUGUGGAGCUCCAUUGCCAAAGGCAUGCCCUGGUGAUGCUCAAUCUCAUCCACCAGCAUCCUCAUCAACUUCUGAUCGCAAAGGGCAGGAGAGUUGGUUCGAGCAAAAGACAGUGUGGGUAGGCUAUGCAUCGGGAAUCAUGAUUGGGAUUUCGAUAGCUUACAUUGCAUUCGAAAUAGAGAAACCCAAAUGGCUCAUGCGAGGUGUGAGAAUGCUGGAGAGAAGAGCAGCCGAGUGGACAGAGAAGCCAAAGCGGAAGGCCAUCAAAUUUCAUGGACAGUGA